AUGAGCGUAGAGGACAGAAAACGUCUUGUGGACGAUAAUCCACCUCAGCCGGAUCAUAAAAAGCCUAAGCUGCCAAAGGUACUGGAUCAGUUGAGCGAGCCUGGUGAGAUGUUGACCCAGAAUGACAUAGUAUUUUUCAAGAAGGAAGCGAUAUGGCGACAGAUGAAUCACUUCAAAUCUAACGUGAAUCUAAUCGGUUCAGAGUUGGAAAAGUACAAAUCUGGAUAUGCUAAAAGCGUUUCUCAUUUGAGCACGGUCAAUGAGUGGAUAGACCAGCUUGUUGCCGCUUUCUUGGAGCAAGGCUUCAAAGUAUCAGAUGAGAUAAAUGACAAACUGGUCGUAGACUUUGAUUGUUCCCCGGACCAAGAGGAAGGCGAACAUGUAAGCCAAUUACUGGAGAAGCUCAGAGAGAAGAGAAUAACCCUAAUCAAGCUGUUUACUCCCUUGUUGAACUCGAAACUGGGUGAUACUUCUGAAGACACUGCAGCUUUGAAAGAUUCUCUGGCUAGAGCCCAUAGAGAAAGGAGUACGUUGAUUCAGGAGAAUAAAAUCCUGAACUCGACUCUUAAAGACAUUAAACAACAAUAUCUUGAUAUUGUCAAAGUAAAGGAUAGACUGGAAUCUAAAUCCUUGAGUAGAAUAAACGGGAACACCGAGGAAGGUCAACCGGCGGAGAAUAACAUCAAACUAGAGCCUAGUGAUGGUAACGACUCAGAAACAAUUUCCACAACAGCUGCGAAAACAGAGACAAAUGGUACUCCUGUAAAUAAUGAAACAACAGACCAUGAUGAGGAUCUCCAGAAUAAUCUGGAAAAGGUAAAGCUGGAGAACAGCCUACUAUUACAGCAAUUGCAAGAAACACAGCAAAAACUAUCAAUAAAUGAGAAGAAGCUCCAUGAGUUGAAUCUUGUGUUGAACAACCUAUCUGGGGAUAUGCUACUAAAGAAUAGUGUGGUAUAUAGUUCUCUUUAUUCCAAUUAUAACGAUUUGGAAGCAAAAUUUAAAGAGCUGCAAGAUGCCGAUAAGCUUAACGUGGAGAUUGUGUCAAAGUUACAGGCCAAUAAUUUAGAUUUUGAGAAGAAGAUUGUCCAAGAAUUCGAAAAGGAAAAGAACCUGCUACAGAAACAACUUGCCAAAAACGAACAAGAUCUGGCAAGAAUUAGAAGUAAUAGGGACGAGCUGUUAUCUCAGGUCAGCAUGCUCAAGGCUGAAAAGGACAAGGAUCUGCUGUAUCAAGAGUUACAAAAGUUGAUUGAUAUUCAGAACGCUAGAAUAGAUCAGUUAUCUGCGGAGAAACAAGUGAAUGAAUUUGAGGAUAAAGGUGAGGACAGAGAUGUAUUAUUGAAGAAAAUCCAGUUACUAUUGGCAGAAUUGAAAGAUAUUGAAGCUGUUUUCAAGAAGACUAGAGAAAUCGAAUCUGAGAAACUCAAACAAUAUGUGGACUCUAGUUCAGUGAUAACAAAGUUGACCACCGAAAAAAACAAGGCUGAUCAGAAAUACUUUGCCACAAUGAGAUUGAAGGAUUCUUUGGCCAUGGAAAACAAGUUGUUGAAAACGAGUUUAAGCAAAAGUAAGGAGCUGAUCGACAAGAACAAAGAGUUAAUUGCGGAAUAUCAGUCCAAGGUCAAUAUUUUACAGAACGAACUUUUAACCACGUUGACCGAACUCAAUAAGAAGACCAACGUUGAUAUUUCUACCAUGCAGAAGAGUUUGAAUGAACUGAUCAAUUCAAAUACAAUCUUGAAGCAACAGUUGUCUUUACGAGAUGCCGAGGUUGAGAAUAAGUCCCUUGAAGUUCUGGAAAAAGAUGUUGAACUCAAAGAAAACAAAAGACUCAUUGAAUCAUUGAAGUUUGAAAAGGAAAAACUAACUGAUAGAAUUCAAAGGUACCGAGAAACCAAAUCGUUAGGUGACCUGGAUGAUCAAUCUACCAGCCUGGAAAGUUUCCGUAAACUAGUUUACUGUGACAUUUGCGAGCGAAAUUUCAAGAAAGUUGCAGUCACUACAUGCGGCCACACUUUCUGUAAGGAAUGUAUUGACGAUAGGAUCAACUCCAGAAUGAGAAAAUGCCCCAAUUGCAAUAAGCCUUUCAGCAAGAUGGAUGUCUUGGAGAUUCAUCUGUAG